CGGCCCCCCCGUCCCGGUGCGGCGCCGCUCGGCUCGGCUCGGCUCGGCUCGGCUCGGCUCGCUCCAUCCCGCGCAGCGCCUCCGGGACGCGCCUCCUGUCACCUCCAGCGGCGCUGGCCCGGGCGGGCGGCGCGCGGCGGCACCGCCAUGGUGCUGAUCAAGGAAUACCGCGUUAUCCUGCCUGUGUCUGUGGAGGAGUACCAAGUAGGGCAGCUGUAUUCCGUGGCAGAAGCCAGUAAAAAUGAAACUGGUGGAGGUGAAGGAGUGGAGGUCCUGGUGAAUGAACCCUACGAGAGAGAUGGAGAGCGUGGGCAGUACACACAUAAGAUCUACCACUUACAGAGCAAAGUGCCAACAUUUGUGAGAAUGCUGGCCCCUGAAGGAGCUCUGAAUAUACAUGAAAAAGCAUGGAAUGCCUAUCCCUACUGCAGAACUGUUAUUACAAAUGAGUAUAUGAAGGAUGACUUCCUGAUCAAAAUUGAAACCUGGCAUAAAUCAGAUCUCGGAACACAAGAGAAUGUGCAUAAACUGGAGCCAGAGGUAUGGAAGAGUGUAGAAGCCAUUUAUAUAGACAUUGCUGAUCGGAGCCAAGUACUCCCCAAGGAUUACAAGGCAGAAGAAGAUCCAGCAAGGUUUAAAUCUGUCAAGACUGGACGUGGACCUCUGGGUCCCAACUGGAAGAAGGACCUGGGGAAGCAGUCAGAUUGUCCAUACAUGUGUGCUUACAAGCUGGUAACAGUCAAGUUCAAGUGGUGGGGUCUGCAAAAUAAAGUGGAGAACUUUAUACAGAAGCAAGAAAAGAGGCUCUUCACAAACUUCCACCGGCAGCUCUUUUGCUGGCUGGAUAAGUGGGUUGAUCUGACUAUGGAGGACAUCCGUAGGAUGGAGGAGGAGACCAAGAGACAGCUGGAUGAGAUGAGAGAAAAAGAUCCAGUGAAAGGAAUGUCGGCUGCAGAUGACUAAUAUGACUCCUUCCUUGUGCACUUUUGCAAGACAGUCAUCAGGAAGGCCCAGGGAAUCCACACCCUCGACUGACGGACCAUCUCUGGAUCAAGCCUUUCUCUGUCCAACUGGCAGGCGAUUUUAAACCUCCCAUAGCUAAUUCUAGAUGCCCCUUAAUAUUGUGAGCAAAUAGACAGUCUGGUACUAAGCACUCCAGUGUUAGCACGUGUAUCCCAAGGAGUUCCCUCCUCGGGGCGUGUGACUUAGAGAUCGCUGUAUUUACAACUCCUCCCUCCUCUUUUUUUCAUUGUGUUCAGACCAAUUUCCAUGUGGCCCUGUUUGAUUUCCAAGUGACAUUUUUAGCUCAAAUAGUCUUGUGAUGUGGUGACUUAGAAUUUUUUUGUUUUGGUUUGUUUUUUGGUUUUUUUUUUCCAAGUGGGAUAAGCUGCCACCUUUGUUUCUGCCCAGUUCUUCAAUGUUCUUUGAAUGUCUGUUUGGAGAGGAAAAUAGUCCAUAUUUAAAAGUGCAAAACUCUUCCACAAAAUGUUCUGCUCUCACCCUUGCUCCCAGAGGGAGAUAUUUAACGGCAGGUAACCUGAGUACAAAAUGAGGAGCAGCCAGUGGGUUCUUGGUUUGUGGUGAGUUGGGAUUUGUGGCUUCUGCAGGGCAUUACUUUGUUCUGUCUUAACAAACAUGAAUUAAAGACUGUCCAGAAGCUACAGUCAGGCCCUGUACUGGGGCAUUCAGCACUUACCUGUUGAUUUUCCAUUUUAAGGGUCUCUCUGGCCCAUGUAGCUCUGUUGUCCUCCAGCUGUGUGUGUCAGUCUUACAGAAUCUUUCUUGACACAUGUUGCAACUUCCUGGUUCUUUAUUAAGACUUCCCAUAACUUAUAAAGCUAGAAUGGUUUUGACUAAUAAUAACGAUGUGAUUCUCCCUGGACAAAUUGGAAUGUUGCAAAGGCUGGUGUGCAAGAGAGGUGUUGGCAUCUGGUUAUAUCCAGGUGCCUGGGGUGGUGGUUCUGCUCAGCAAUAAUAUUCUUCCCAUUGCAAGACUGACUAAAGUAUCUCCUUUUGUGCUGUAAGAAAAACUACUUAUAAAGACCUGCAGUUUUCUAGGAUAUCUGUUGGUUAUUAUAAAUCAUAGAGGAUACUGUUAAUGUAAAGAGCUCUCGUUAUGUAAUGAACUGAAGUAUUUACUGUAACUAUCCUUAUGUUGGUAUCAGCUUUAGACAAUCAACUCAGCAGAACAGAAUCAAGGAAAUGCUGCUUUCUUCAAUACAUAUGAGGAAAAAAAAAUGCUACUUCUUUGCUUAUCCCCAAGGCCCAAUGCUUGAUUUUUUUUCCCUCCCCUAGUAGUAGUUGUUGUGGACAAAUUCGAUUGGGGAGGCUAAUUAUAGAUAAAUUAAUUAACAAGAAUUUAUUAAGCAAGCGGUAUUAACCAAAAGAACAGCGCUGGGCGGCUGGGGAGCUUCUGCUCUGCCAUGGCGCACCUUCCCCCUUUGACCUUUUUGUUUUUAUAGUCCCUUUUUUCUCCCAGUUGACAUAUUUUCUCUCAAUGCACCGGUGCAAUUGGUCGCUGGGGGGUCUUUUUUUCUGCCCUUGGUGGUCAUAGGAAUGAAGGCUUCUCAUCUUCCUUGCAGAUUGUCCUUGGCCUAAAAGUUAACUUGUACAUAAUUAGUUACACAGUCUUCUAUGCUAGUUGCAUUCCCUACUCAGUUCAAAUUUUUCUCUCCUUUAACACUCGUUUUGAUGAACAAAGACCUUUUUAUUUAUUACGGUAAUAACUUUAUUUUCCACUUCUGUGUUUGGCAGCACUAAUGUGAAACUCUGAAUGCCAAACACUCGUGGGUGUAUCACCACUUUUGAGGAGUCUUUUUAGCAUUCUGCAAUACACUGACUCCUCCAGCCCUUCCCACUCGUGCAAGCAGGAGAUCCUGAAAUGAUCCCAUGCCUUGCUGAACAAGGCUGUGCUGGGAUCAGAGCUGUUUUCAGUGUGAGAGAAGAUGGGAAUGCUCUGGAGGGAGAGGAUGGCAUUGGUUUCUGGGGAGGGGGCAGUUUAUCCCUUUAUUUUUAGUUUGUUAUUUUGCCUUACUCAUGUCUAAGUGCAAUAAGCUCUGAAUUGUACCAGUAACUCUGGCAGGCUCUUCUCAGUGACCUCAGACGGUUCUGCGGGGUUGGGGUGGGGUUUGAGGGGUUUUAGCAAUCUCACCAGGCAGAAGUAAAACAAGUUUAUUGUAAAAUAGGUAAAGAAACUAAAUUUUAAUCUUUGAGGCUAUUUGGGACCAGGAUGUUUCAUGACAUGUUGUAUAGCUGUUCCAGAAGUAUUCUAGGAGUGUAGGCCCCAGUUAGAGUCCUUUCAGUUUGAAGUAUUUUUAACAGAGAAUUUAUGCACUGACUCCUGUUCAUGUUUGUUGGCUAUGUUUUGAGGGAUUCUUACACUUGAGGGCAACCUGAGAAUACACAUAGCACACUUGUUCUUUCAGUUUGUGUUAUCCAAGAGGCUUUCCAUCUGAUGACACUAAUCGCCGUGGAAGCAGAUUGUAACAUUCCACCAUUGCAAUCCUUUUUUUGAUCCUCUGAUUUCAGAGUAAGAGCUUUUACACAAAGCUUUCCUGAUUAGUGGAAAAACUUGGAGGGAGGCGGGGGGAGGGGGGGAACUGCAGGACCUUCAUCCUGAAUACUCCCCCUCUGCUCCCUGCCCUUUGUUUUCCGUCCUUCCAAUUUGAUCCUAAGUGAAAACAUCCCUCAGCCUUUGGAUAGACAAAUCCUGUAAAGACCCUUCAGUCUCGACGCUUGGUUCCUGCUAGUGAGCAUAGCAAAGAUCACGCAGCGUUCCCGUGCCGUAUCUUCCAUCAGCUUUGGCGAGAACCCCCGGAUCUGCCGGCUCCCGGCGGGAUCCCAUCCUGAGCGGCUGGAUGCGCUGGGAUCGCCACUGCCAUCCAGGCCCGCUGGGUUUGGGGCUCCAGGGGCAGCCCCCUCGGCCCAGCCUGGCUCAGGCUGGUUUGCUGACAGGGCCGCUCGCCCCUCAUAUCCCGCAGCCCUCUGGGUUCAUCCCGCCACGUCCCGAGGGGUUCUCCGCGCUCUUUUCCUUUGGCGACACACACUUCGUAGAAUGGGUUAGAUUAUCUCGUCGUUUCUUUAAAUGUGAGUUUGUGCCUUUUUUGUCUCCUAAAUCUUCCAAUACAGGCAUAUUGGAAACGAAAUCUAAUAAAAUACUAGACAGAG